UUUCGCGAUUUUGCGACAGAAGAAUUUUGAAUCACAAAGCGCCUCUUGAUCUGUUAGUCUCGUAUAUGUUCGCCUGCAACUUCUUCUCACCAUCUAUCAGCACCGAACAUAUUUUCACACCCAACAUGGACGCGUUGUUAAAACAACAAAUGCACGAAAAUAGCACCAACUUCAAAAAUUCGCUGGAUCGGAUCAUAUACAAGUACUCGAAGCUUCAGUACCAAGGCGGCGGGACGGAGGUGGACCUCGUCCAUAUAAACACCCGAACACUUGGACGAUACAUGAGCCGGUCAAAAAAGCAGCUGGACGAGCUGGACUCAAAGAGCCUGAUAGAGUUGAGAGAGGAGUCGUUCAGAGCGCAGGACAUUACGAGAGACUCUCAGUUGGACUUCACGUAUGAAGACGUGGGCUUUGAUGAGACUUGUGCAUCCUCCUGUCAGUUUGCUGGUGACAACAAUGAUGAUGGGAUGGCUAGAGGUGACAUACCUGAGUCGACCAAGAGCUCAUUGGAUAAGAGUGAGCAAAACAUCUCUGAAACGGAGCUCCAGCCCGAGGACCGAGACGAGGAGCUGGAGAUGACCCUGAGGCGUCAUGGUACCUCUUUAGUGGAGCUCUACCCCAGCUUCAUUGAUCGAAUCGAAAGAGCCUGGCAUCGGAGAAAUCUCUCAGAGGCCGCAGACUCGGUGCUGAGGAAGUACCGCAAGUGGCGACAGCACUCGAACAGAGGCAGUCCCGACAACACCUUCAAUGUCACACUGAGGCAAACCAACGACGUCCCAGGGGAGAUGACAAGCGGGAUGCUGCUCGAGGAGAACGUCAGCAGCCCAGAGGAUAGGCAGUUCACGAGGGGUCAACCUGCCCAUCGCUCUCCUUCGCAGCUCGCAUCUGACCUGCCGGGUUUGCGAGCACAGCAGCCGUCUCCAGGGAGGGAGAGGGGCUGGCUGAGAAGAGCGCAGCACCAGCCCGUCCUCGUGAUGGACCUUUAUGGAGCCUGUGAGACCUCCGUCCCGAAAGGGAUCUCACUGAACCAGACGUUUACCGUGUGUGAACUAUCACAGCUGGGAGGACAGCCUCGCACCUACGGCGCCAGUCCUUCUCGCCAUCCCUCUGCAUCCCCGGACCCGUCUCUUAGGUCCAAAAGACUUUCUCUCACUGCGCACCCAGAGGCGGCUCCUGGUGGCUCUGUGUAUGCAUCAGAUAUCUACAGCUCUCCGGUCAGGCAGAGUCCCUUAAAAGCACGGAUGAUGAGUAGCCUUGGUGGAUCCCCUCGCCCCUUUUUGAUGAGCCCCAGAGAUUUUUCUUUUGAAUGCUUUUCCAGAGAGCCUACGAGGCCCAGAUUGAGGUCUACAUCUCUGUCCUCCCCAACACAAAGGCCUACUGUGCCACUGAGGGUGCUUCAGGCUCGAGACUCUCAUCUCUCCCCAGAGCCACGGCUGCAUUCGCCUCAGUCGGCGAAAGCAGGUCGUCCCAAGCUCCGACGGCACCUAUCAUUCGACUCCUCCCUGCCGUCCACCGGUUCACCGAAGACCCUUGACGAGGACCUGAUGAAACUCUACCACAACUUUGUCUGCCUGAACAAAUCAUCUUUCUUUAGCAGUCAUCCGUGCCGCCUCUGCCGUGCGAAAAGCCCCGAGGCCAGCAGAGGCCACUACUCCUCGUCUUUGUCGGCUCUCGCCCUGUCGCCUCACUGCUCCGUCCUGAGGAAACGCCACAGGGAGUUGGGCUGGAGCGGCCAUCCCCGUUCCAAGCGCUCCAGGGACGAGAACUGCACGUCCUCCCCGGGGUCCAAGCGUCACGGGAAUGAAAUGCUGAGGCGCCAUCUCCUGCGACCUGAACUGUGUCGUGAUGACUUCUCCUGCAGCUCCAGUCAACACAGCCCCCAGCGGCGCUCAGCCGAUGCACAUCAGGCCCAGACGGGGAAGACCUUCAUCUGCAGAAAAUGGUGGUGAACAGGGAUCACGCCUGUUCCAGAAAAUCCUGCUUCUCCAGGUGUGGAAAACAGAUCAUUGUUGGUCCCAUAACAAAUAUCAAAGUAUGUGUGCAGUGUGAUGUUUCCACAAUGAAUGUUGGUGAAAAGUUUAGAGAUUAGAGCGGCUCUGAGCUUUUCUCAGCUGGUACAGUCUGAGCUCAGCAGGUGGUAUUACUAGACAACUGUACCACUGUUGGAACAUAAAAGCUCAAAGUAUAGUAUAGUUAUCUAUAUUUUUUAAUCAGUAAUUUUAAAACCAGCUUUCAGUGAUAAGGUCAUUCUCAUGUCCUGUAGUUAGGUUUUAGACUUUGUGCUGUGUCCCAUCAUAUAAUAAUGCGGUUUUGUUUUUCUUAUCUGUUCAUUAUUAAAAUAAAAUUGUAUGUCA